CGGAUAUGGAGAAUUUAUGGUCCCUGAGAAGAGGCCGUGAUCACAUUAAAUUUUGACCCAUCCAGGUCCUAACUAACGCGUAUGAUUGUACACCAAACAUUACAAAAUCAAAGACUUUAUUGCGCCUCUCGACUCUCGAGAAAUCUUUCUCCUUAUAACCCCAUCUCUCUCUGUUUUUUUCUUUGCUUAAACCGGAAAAAAAACAUGGAAAAGCUUCAACAUCCCAAAUUGGAGAAGCUUCAAGUUAACCACCUCCACCAGGAAGCCAAGAAGCCAGUGGUUUGGGACUGUGGCAGUUCACUUUAUGACUCUUUUGAGUUGAACUCUUUCAAGCGUCAACUUGACUCUGCUCUCGUUUCAAGAAGUCUAUCAAUGUCUUAUUUACCCGAUCAUAGAGCUCCCCUUCCACCACCACCACCAACCAAAAAACCUUCUUCUUCUUCUUCGAGGAUUUCUCGGUCUCUUCAGAAGCUGCUCAAAUCGGUGUUCAAGUCUAAGCAAAGUUCUAGUGCCAUGUUAAAGAUCCGGCAACGUUCGAGUGAUGAAUAUAACGUUUAUUAUGAUAAGACUGGAGCUCUUACAACGAUCCCGGAAGUACCAGAGAUUGAUUUUGGUGGGCUCUCGCCAGAGAUUAAUUCUUUGACAAGGAGAACAGGCGCUUCUGAGAGAUUUACAGCUACUUCUAAUAUUGCUAUUUCUUGUGCUUAAUAUAGACAGAAUAUUAGUAUGUCUAUACUACUUUGUUUUUGAUAUUUGUUUUACGUGUUAGAUGUUUUUGUGUUUAGGUUUUUUGUUCCUUAAACUAUGAUAACGUAUGUAUAGGAGUUCUGAAAUUUGACAUUUUCAUGGUCUAGAUGUUUAUAUUAUAACUAUGGUUUCUUCAA